UUUCUGGAGAGCCGCCUCGCGACUGGAGGCGUGACUUUAGAUUUCGUUCCGGUUUUACGUCCUUUUUUCGUAUAAAGCGUACCACCUCAAAGCAUCUAAACGAUUUUGUAGACAGCUCAAGAUCUACAUUGCACCACCAUCUGCGAUACGAUGGUGGCUAUAUCAGUUACGAUCUUCGUCGACACCCGUCAACAGUCGCUUUUCGUGACGUCCAACGCCCACUCACUCCUUGGGAUUUGCAGCAGUAUGCAUGUGAACCACCAGCGGUUGUCAUGAGGUUAUACAGCUCUCGUCUUCCAUGGUACAUCGAUAUACGUGCCAGUAAUCCAAUAGGAGCGACCAUUGGUGAUGUUUUCACUGGACUCUACACCUCGUUGAAUACACCUAUCCAGAAAGACGACUAUUAUAACGAGGAAUUGGAUGACGCUGAUCGGUAUAAGUUGAGGGAAGCUUGGGAAGAACGCUGUCACGACGCAAGCGAGAGAAGCUGCGGAGUGAGGAGGGUCGAUUUCCUGCGUGGAAAGAUUGGAUUCGAAGGACUGGUACGAGGUAAAGAUGGUAUGUGGGAAGUAAAGACGAGGAGGCAAUGAAUGUAAUGAAUGAGAGUUAUUAUGAAUUAUGUAUGUUUUUGUGUAUUUUGGUCAUUUCAGAUGCAUGUGUGUAGUUGCAAAAUCAAUGUAUUCAAAUGGACUUUCAAAUGAUUAUUUUCGUCGAGCCCGCGAUCCUUGUAACCACUGGACCACUUUAUCCCCGGAAAGCUUCAGCUCUAUUUUACUACGAUCCUUGGAACACGCGGAGCAUUCCCGG